GAGACAGCAGCAGCAGCAGCAGCAGCAGCACAAAGUUAAAGAACAACAUACAACACAGCACAAUGAACAGCAGAGUUAUGUUCUCCAUCCUUGCCCUCUUCAUGUUGUCUGCAACUUCCAUACAAGCAGCAUCGAUGGGAAGCUCGGGGAUGAACCUGCGAUGUCGGUGUAUCAGAACAUCCGCAAUAUUCAUCCAUCCAAAGUUCAUGGAGAAUAUCGAUAUUAUUCCACCAGGCCCCCACUGCGAGACAGUAAACAUCAUUGCCACCCUUAAAAAUGGCAACAUGAUCUGUCUGGAACCUAAAGCAAUCUGGGUGCAGAGAGUGAUUAACAGGAUGAUCAAUGAGCGCAAGAAGAAGGAGAAAGCUCAAUGAGAAGUUUGAAUGUGAAGAUGUACAUGGGAAUCUCCAUUGGCUCAGCCUCUGUAGUUGAGCUCAUUGUAAACUCCUUCAGUCAAUGAAAUUGCAACUAAUUUAAAUUAUUAUGGUAUUAUAUCUGCUGCAUUGUUUUGUUACAAAGAUUUUUGUUGGAUUUUUUUAAAGUAUUUUGUUUAAUUGAGUUUUAAUUAACUUAUUUUGUGUGCAUUAAUGAUAUAAAUAAUUGACAGUGGUUUAAAGACUGAAUGUAAAAUAAUCAGAGGUCGGGAUCUGUGAUCCUCAUUCUUUGAUGAAGUUGCCUGUGUUACCCACCCCGAUUACUGCAUUCCUAUGGUUACUGAUCUUAAACUGUUAAUGCUUAUUCUGUCAAACAACCUGAAACAUGGAGGGAUUUGGCAUAAUUGGUAGAAAUCUCUUCAGCAUUUGUAAAACAAACCUUUUUACAUUAACUCUUAACUGCUUCCUCACCAGAGAAUGGGAGAGUGGACAAGGUUUCAGAACCUAAUGUGUAUAUUUAUUGUUUGAUUAUCUGUAUUAUGAUUCGUUUUCCUGUAAUUAUUUAAUAUUUAUGUAAUUGUUUUCUAUUUAUACAUUUUUAUCAGUAUUGAAAAAUGUUCUACAACGAAAAUGCUGAAUGAUUUAUAGGGAUAACAACUUGUAUAGUUUUUUUGAACUAAUUUAAAAUUGUAUGGCAUAUUGCUACAAACUAUACUUAUCUUCAUAUAGAUUGUUUACAUAAAUGUGCAACUGUUAGAAACAGUUCACAAAAAUGUUUAUUUGGGCUAUCUGGUCUAUCUCAGCCUGAACAUAAAUGUACUGUUCAAUUAGUUCCACACGACUAAUUUUUCUACAUUUGUAAAAAAAGAUCGUUUUGUUGUUAUUUUCUGUUUAAAAUGUUAAUCCAGUUCAAAAGAGCAUUAAACCAAAGUUUUAAAAUAUA